UGUUUUUCUGUAAAAUCCUAACACAUUUUGAGUUGGAGAGGCACAUGUGCUGAUUGAAUCUCCUCCUCAUCAGCCCGGGACACCUGUGGGAUGAGCCCUAAUGAGGGAGCAGGUGUGUGUGUCCAAUAAAAGCCUCGCCACUGCGCGUCUCUCUGCUGUUUUACGCACAGCUAAAAAUCUACUAUGACCAGGAAACCAAACAGAUUCUGCUUCGGUGUUGUUGUCAUCUUCACCUUUGCAGCAUUAAGUUUUGAUCCAGGGGCCUGUGAGCCUGUGGGUUACUCUGCACGAGCAUCUGAACCCCCCGCGCGUCAUGGAGACGUGGAGCGCGCUCUGACCACGGACACGUGGGCCCCGAGGUCAAGAGGAAGGAGACAGGGUUUAGGCUCGAGACAAAUCAGCUCCAGUUUAAUGAAAACAAAGGAAACAUUCAGAGACAUGUCUGAAUUUACAGGCAAACCUAAGAUGGUGUCUUCACUGGACCAAUAUCAAAAUAAUCCACCUUUUCACUCGAACUGCUCUGGAGGAGAAGUCCAGCAGGUUAUUUAUGGAAACUUUGACUUCACUGAUACAGAUGUCCAGGCUCAGUCCAGAGAGGAGCUGCGUCCUGUGGUGGAGUGUGGACAGGACUCGAUGACCCUCACUGUGAGGGGGACCAGAGCUGUGCCGCUCCGUGUCAUCACAGGAACUGACUCCUCACUCGCUCUGUCUGAACUGCCGUCUCACUGCGGCUUCUCCGUCCACAAAAGUUGGAGAGAAAUCGCUCUAGUUGCUCAGUAUAACGGCUGUUAUGUCACCGCACAGAACGAUCGACACGUGCUGCCUUUGCUGUGGCGCAGGACACCGGUCAGGAUGUCGUGUCCAGUGUCUCCAGUGAAGUCCCAGAGUUUGGACGGACUGUCCCAGUGCUGCUCGUCCUCUGGCCUGACCAUCAGCCUCAGAGACCCGUCUAUGUCCAAAGAGCCCAGUGUAAAUGUCCGGGGCGAGUGGACGCCUCUGGACGAGUUGGUGCAGCACUGUGGGUUCAGUCUGGAAAGAGGAAAUGCAGAGACUGUCAUCACGGUGCCAUUUCUGGCGUGUGGCGUCACAUCGAGGGGAGGACAUCGUACACUUUCUCUUCAAAUUGGGGAGGAAGUGUUUUUCUUCACAUGUCCCAUAUUUACUACUGAAACAUCUCAUGAAUCAAACGGAGCUUAUCAAUUUACCACAACACAAACCAAACCGGAGACAGAAGAGCUGAAGCCUAAUCAAUGGACACCACCGUAUUACCUGGCACCACUCUACUACCCCCACCCUACACUGCACCACCGAGCUCGUGUCCCACAGGUGACUCCUCCCCUCAGGACAGUGGAAUCUCUACUUAAAACCCUCGUACGUGAUGAGCAGAAUGACCACAGACAGCCCCCACAUGAGUACUACAGUCUGCAGCCUUCACUGGGAGAUACUUCUACCGUGAAACAUCCUCCUCCACCUCUGAAGGGCUCCACUGUCCGUACGCAGCCUCACAAAUAUGUUUUCAAUCCGUACUACCACUACUACCACCAUCCCAAAAUCCCACAGAAUCCCGGCUCUGCGGCGAAAUCUCAGCUCUCGAGUGAAAUGACCGGCGUUGCACCUUUGUUUCAUUUGAACUCUGCUACUGAGCUUUAUCCCAAACCCCCUCUGUUGCCCUACGCCGUCCCGCAGCAUGACGUCGUAGAAAAAACUAACUUUGAGUCUGAAAAACCAAUGCACGGUCUCCCUGAAGUCUAUAAACAGCACAAUAUGGACACAGUUGACCUCAGAAUGAAUCCAAAUGAUCAAAAACCCUUUGGAACAGUGCCCCCUGCUGGAGAGUCCACACCUUCAGCCAGUCCACAUCCUCCCACAUACACGCACUGGCCCCUGCCUUAUUACUACCUGUUAUUUUAUGGACCUAAAAGUGAGAAUGAUCCUUUUCCAGCUGCUGCUCCCGCUCCACAAAGUGCAAAUCCUCUUCUUCAGAGCGAUGAUGUGCAGCAGAGCUUUGUCUCAGACUCCCACUCUGCCCCUGAGCUGUUUGCACCGGUCCAUGAUGCAGCAGAAGACCUGAUGAAUGAAGGACAAUCGACUCCACACUCCGAUCUGUCACAGUGGGGGGAGAACUAUGUCGUACUCCCCCCACUAAUGUCUGAGGAUGACGGUGUGGAAGGUCACACGAGCGCCAGUGUGACCCCGCCCCUCGACGCGCCCGACUGUCCUGGCACUGGGUCACAUUUCCACUUCUCUACUUCGCCUGUGAAGGAUUGCAUAUUGGGAGAGUACCUUUUGUUUUCUUUACCCGAGUUUGUGGGCGAACCUAAAGUGUCAGGUCCUGAUCGCUCCAACGGGGAAACGUCCUGUGUCGUUGAACGUUUUACCUCCAGCCCCAACCUGUAUUUUGUUCCCCUAAAAGACUGUGGGGUCACAAAACAAGUCACAGAUUCACUCAUCAUUUAUCAGCUACAACUUGAAACUCGUGACUCUGACAGUUCUUUGAUAAAGAUGAUGGUGGAAUGUAUUUUCUACCCCGGUUUCCUCGGAGCAGAGACUCUGUUCAUACUGGACCCUUUCCCAGCUCCGUACACAGCUGCCGCCCCCGUACAGAUGAGAAUAGCCACAGAUGAGUCAUUGAGCUUCCACCCCUCGGCCCACCUUCCCCUCCACAGUUUACGGGGCAGGUUGGUUUAUAUCGAGCUCACGCUGCUGCCUCCUGACCCCGCUGUGGCGCUGUGGGUCCACUCCUGCAUGGCCUAUACUUUAACUCCAUACGUCAGCGCCAUGGUCAUUUACGACGGCUGUUCGUCUGGAAGCGCCUCGCAGCAUCUUCCUUCGGUUUAUCCAAACACUCAGUACAUCGUCGUUCCCUGCUUCCUGUCCUUAACGUCGCCGAGUCCUUUGGUCGUGGACGAUGUGGAUCCUGAGGUUUACUUUGUUUGUCUGACGGAGGUGUGCCCUGUGUUAGAUGGAGUCUGCAUCAGCUGUCCUGAAUGAAAAUGAGUAAACACAUGAACAAGAUGAUACUUUCUCACAAAAUGAUAAAUAAAUGAUAAACUCUGAAUCCAUUGUAAUUUGCAUGUAAGUAAUACUCUGUCCUGUUUUGACGUGGAGCUCGGUGUCACUUUCUGGCAGAGAGCGACUCCGUGCCCCGGGUGAAGGUGAGGGCUCUUUGUCUGGAGCUCGAGUCCCUCCUAUUGUGUAAACAUGUGAUCUUGUCCAGGCGAGGGCUCCAUGAGACUGAAGAUUAGUCGCACAAAAGUCAAUUAUUACUCACAAAUUACAAACGUACUUGAGUCGAGUCCCUGUAUUUCAAACGAUAAACCACUGCCCACCACCUGGAGAUGAGAGAAGUGAAAGUAAACCACCCGAGCGCUACGCAAUCAAAACAGGAGCAGUGUAUUUCUACAGAAGUUAUGCAAGAGUCACCUGCAUGAUUCAAUGGAAAUGGAAAGUUAAAACCGUGUCACACAUUCUCCACAGGCAGAGAUGCGUUUUAUGUCAUACUGUGAAAGAAAGUUCAUGCAGUGAGCUGUACUGAGAGGCACAGAUGACUCGUGUGUUAAACCUCGUGGGAGUAGAACGCUACACUUUACAUUUGCAGAAAAUAUAUUAAAAAUGCCUCAACAUCAACGUGCACAGCUCCACAUUAAACACACGGGCCUUUUCUUUUCUUAAACGGGUUAAAUGUUUUGGUAUUGAAGAUGGUUGUCAGUGUUUUUCAGUUAAGUGGGCACAGUUAAAUGUUACACUUGGAUAAAAUUGUGUUGAUUAUAUGUUUAUAGACUAAUUCUAAAAAACAAACCAAUGUAAUUCUCACAGAAAAUGAUGCAUGAUGCCCUUUUUUCUACAAUAACACAAGACUCUUU